AUGGACAGAUUAGGACUACUCGGGAAAGCGCCAGGAGGGUUCAAAUUCACCCUGAACGACGACCAUGAGUUUAACUACUAUAUCAUUGUCGACGUCAUGUAUAUCGACAAUAAGCCAGUAUAUCAUGUCGUCGACAAGGCCACAGCGUUCCAAGCAGCCAGAUUCCUACAAGAUAUAAGCGCAAAAACGACCUGGGAAACGCUAAGGAUUUGCUGGAUCGAUAACUUCGCAUUAGGAGAAUUCAAGCAGUACGCUCUAAGCCUGGAUAUCGAUACUAAGGAGGUCCCUGUUGAAGCCCACAAAAGCGUAGGGAAGGUUGAACGAUACCAUGGCCCUCUAUGCCGAGUAUAUGAAAUCCUUACUACUGAACUACUAGCGACAAAUAAGGAUGUAAUCCUUCAAAUGGCAGUAAAUGCCAUAAACGAUUCAGCUGGCCCAGACGGGAUUAUACUUGUUCACCCCCGUUCGUUAAUACGAGCGAUUAGUUAA